CUCCGUCUCCUUCGUGAUUCCGAUGUUCUCUCUGGAUUUUUUGAGCUCUUUCCUGAUUUUUAUGUUCGCCUUGACUCUCUGUCUGGAGCUUUUGAACUCUUGUCUGUUUCCGUGAUUUUCGUCAUUGAGUCGACGAACUCGAGAUAUCGUUGUAGUUUCUCUAAUAUGCCGCUUGCUGUCUGGAACUGUAUCGUCAUUCCUUGAGGCAUUAGAGGUACGAUCGUCACGCUUGUUUCUUAUCGCUCGAGCUCAAGUCCUGUUCUGAUCCGGAUUCUGCGCUUUCUGGUAUUCUCUGUUGAUGCUUGGGAAAGGACACGUGACCCGUCGUUUCAGUGGCUGUCAUUUCAUUUUCUUGUCUUCUGUGGGUUCGGAGAUCGGAAGUGCGGCCUUCUCACUCGUUUGGAGGCUCACGUUUCUUUAAACGUGGGGGCAUUUGGUUUUCUGCUUGGACUGUGAGUCAGGAAUUGUCUCCCCUAGCAAAUUGAGGCUUAAGCUUCUGCACGUUCAGAAGAAAAGAAGAGAAGAGGAAAAUGCUGGAACUGCAUGUUCACCACUCCCUAAUGAGAAUGACGAGUUGGAGGAUCAAGGGGCCAGCAGUGACUGCAAGGAUUUGGGUGUUGUACACGCUGAAAAUUCCACUUUAGUGGGUGAUGAUACAUGUGGAGAUUCAAUUCCUGUAAUGGAUAGCACUGCACCCUCACAAGAUCAAGAAAACGUUACAAACUUGAAUAGUUCAAGGCCAAAUAGAUCACUGGAAGAUCAAAAUGCUGAUUAUGAUAGUGGUCUUGAAAGUGGAGGUCUCUCAAGUUUCGAGUUCCAGCGAACUGAGAGGUCUGGUCAGCAUCGGUUUAUGUUGUCACCGUUUUCCAAGCCAGCACCUUCAAAGUGGGAUGAUACGGGGAAGUGGAUUCCAACAGCAUUGCCCAGUGAUAAUCAGGUGAAGAGCAUAUCUAAGGCAGGAACUGCUCAUCCACAGGGAUUUCAAAAUUUGGUUCCAAAGAAAUCUUGGUUUUAUGGAAGUCGCCAGCCUAGCAUUCCCAGUGGCCCUUCUGCAAAGAUUGUGACAGAAGUUCCAAAUGAGCGGGUGGAUACCAAACAGAUUGAUCUCAGUCAAGUGAAGAGGGAGCCCCUCAUGCAGAAAUUUGCUUUUACUCCACCUGUGUCAGGACCUUCACUAGAACCAGCUAAUUUGGGGGUUGAAUCUUGUUCCUCUGUCAAUAAAUUUCGAGAUUCAUAUCCUACAGCUUUGGUCCUAACAGAGGUUCCUGUUCCAGACUCAACAAUAAGUUUCAGCAGGCAUGAUUCAUCUGUUUCUGUUCGUAAUGCAACUACUUCUAUUCCACCUUCAUUGACAGUAAAGUCUGUAUCAAUGAGAGAUAUGGGCACAGAAAUGACUCCAAUUGCUAGUCAAGAACCUUCAAGGACUGCAACACCUGUUAGGGCUACAACACCAACAAGAAGUCCUUCUUCAUCUCGGCCAUCAACUCCUGGCCGAAUUGCACCUGCAUCUUCUCCUGCAAAUUCAUCUGUUAGUGUUUUAGAUCAUCAGGUGGACCUCCCAGAAAGUGGACUAUCUGAGAAAGAAUUGCAGACAAAAACUAGAAGAGAGAUAGCAGCUCUUAGUGCACAGCUUGGUAAGACGAACAUUGCUGCAUGGGCUAGCAAAGAAGAGGAGGAGAAAGAUGCUUCGACCUCCCUUAAGAUAACUGAUGUAGAACAGACACCUAAAAGUGUUAUUGAGACCCGUGCAUCAGCUUGGGAGGAAGCAGAGAAGGCAAAGUUCAUGGCCAGGUACAAACGUGAAGAGGUCAAGAUACAAGCAUGGGAGAACCGUGAGAAGGCAAAGGCAGAGGCAGAAAUGAGGAGAAUAGAGUUAGAAGUUGAGAGGAUGAAGUGCCUUGCUCAUGAAAAGCUGAUGAACAAGCUCGCUGCAGCAAGGCACAAAGCUGAAGAAAAGUUUAUGGUAGCAGAAGCCAAAAGAAACCAACAGGCUGCUAAGACAGCUGAGCGAGUAGAUUACAUCCGGAGGACUGGGCGGAUUCCGUCCUCUUUUUCCUUCUGUGGCUGGUGCCAUUGAGGCUCACUCAUGUAUUUAUGACAACACUUCAACAAAAAUGUAAUUCUAGCAAAAUAAGUAUUAUCUCUUUGCUGAUC